CCGACUCUCGGAAGAAACGACAGUCGCCACUCGACGCCUGCAGUGAACGGAAGGUGGGCUCUGCGCAGACGCGAGCCGCAUUUUUCGGACAGAGUGCAUUCGUUCCGUCGUCGUCCGGAGAAUCGAAACUGGUUUCGAACGUGGAUCAUGAUCUCCGCCGAGAGUGCGUCAAACCGGAUAAACAAACGGACCCAGGGUACUAUCGAUCGCGGAUCCACGUAAGCCGGAGCUACAGCGCUCGAGAUCGACAACAGCUGAGUCGAUCGCAACGAAGCCCGAGGAAAGAGAAACAAGCGCGUGAGAUCGGCAGAGGCGCAAUCGAAAGUGUGCAGGUGAGAAAGAUAGAGAAGGAGGGAGAGAGAGGGAGAGAAAAGAAAGAGAGAAGGACGAGUGUGUUGUUGUCGGGAUUUUGAAAAUCGACGCGCGAGUGAAAAGUGCCGGGAAGACUCGGUGGCCAGCCGGCUGGAACGAAAAGAGGGAUUCGAACGUGGCACGCAUGUCGACGGGAACGGACACCUGAGAGAGAAAAAAAAAGAGGAGCUCGUGAAAGUGUCCGCGCGGCGGAAUUGUCAGCGAGGCAGAGGAGACACGACUGCCGGGAUCUAUCGAUGGAACAGGUGCGAGCCACGUUUCCGAAGGUGAAACCGAGCCUGCGACCCGCUGCGACGACCGGCCAGGGUGCAAUAAUGUGCCGGCGAACCAGACCAGCCAGCGGCCGAAUACAAUAGAACUGGAAGAACCGUACACGUGACAUAUCGGUCUCUCGGUGCAUCCGAACACUUCGAUCCGGAGGACUUUCGAUUCUCCGCGAGAUCCUUUUCUUCGUGACUUGUGCUUGUGUGAGAGUGAUCCGAUCGUCGACGUAUUUUAUCUUCUGUUUCGGUUCACGUGACCGAGAGUGAUUGUUGGUUUUCUUAUUCGACACCGUUUCGUGGACGCGAGCGCCAGCUGAUCGCUGCCGCUGCGGGACAAUUAUCGGGAGCUGGCUGAUUGCUUGGUGGAAACAGCGGACGGACCGGAAGUCAGCAACGUGGACGCUGCACCGGUCACGGAAAGGGAAUAGUCACGCUAAACAAACAACGCCAGGGGCCCUCGUCUGCGACACGAAUUCGAAUGACGUUUCCGAUGUGUCAAGCCUCGCGAGGAAGGUGACGAGCAGGUUUCAGACGAGAAUCUUCAAGAUAGCUCGAACGAAUCCCGCAAGAAGCCGCGCCGAAUAAAACGAAAAUGGUGACGAUAAGCCAGCGACGAAGGCAUCCUCGAUGGAGAAUGCUCUUCACCGUGGUCAUUUUGUCGAGUUUCGUCAGGCAUUGCGAGUUAACGUCUACAAAGAGACUAACCGACGCCGGCUCGUCCUCCCCGACGGCCACGUUAUCAAGAAGUUCCGGUGAAACGAGGUCUCAGAACUUAGGUUCACCGAACGAUCUAGCCUGGCAGGCUUGGCUUCUGCUCGACUCCCAGACGGGAGCGCACUCCGGCAUGGACUCAGCGACUUUUCUCAGACGGAUUACGCCGAAGAGCGUCUUCAUCGCUCCCGCGUUGCCAGCUUUGCCACCUUGCGCGGAAGGCUACCAGGCGGACACGAUGGGCAGAUGCGUGAAGAAUGUGAACAUCGACCAGGAAGCGCACUUCGUCUUCCUUCUGCAACAGCUGAAUAGUCGGUAUGGUAACCGAGGCGGAAGCUCCGACUCGUUCAACAACAACCAGAAGAAAUCGAACGGGCCUCUACAGCUAAACAUCCCUCUGCUUCCUAGUUCCAACUCGCAGUCAUCCAAGUUGGAGUCCGAAGAAGCCAAGGACACGAUAAAGAUCCCCGUGGUGGUACCUCCUCGCGUCGAAAUCCAGUCGGACGAGGUAAAACUACCAUCGAAGCCGAUCAUCGGGCUUCAAGAAACGAAGAACAACAGCAAACCGAAGGACGGCGAGUUCGUGUUCCUCCGUACAGACUCCAGCGACUCAACCGAGAAAAAUCGCGAAGAAGCUCCGUCAAAGCUCGGCGCUGUGGUUCCCGUGGCAGAGUUUCCUGUCGACGAUGCAAACGACACCGACGUCUCCGAGAUCGUCGACUAUAACAUACCGAUCGACCUGAAAACGCUGCUGAACAUAUCGAGCCUGAAAACGAUCAACAUCACCGACGGCCAAGGGACGUGGAAGAACGGAUCGCAGCUUUUGAACUCAACGGAAGCGACGCCCAUGCUGAUUCUCCUUCCGUCGACGGCGACGUCGCCGAACCUGGUGCUCCCCAGCACCGAGGACCUCCCGUUGGACGACAACGCGAACCAUCAGGCACACGUUCGGGAGAGCAACGUGACGGGGAACGUUACCGAUAAAGAAAUUAUCGGUCAGAUCGUUCUAGAAUCGACGCUCCCGAGCAGAGGCUUCGACGUACCACCGGCCGUGGUAGACAGGAUCGAGGCGAACAAGACGCAAGAUGGAAACUCGUCGGACAUUCUUAACUCGCACGUCCAAGAGUUGCAGGAGAUGGAGCCGUUCUACGACGACGAAGAAGCGAGCGAAGAUUACGUGGACGGUACGAACCAACCGGACGAGGAAUCGUCGGAAACGGAAGGCGGUGAGAUUUUGAAGCACGGCGAGGCCGGGAUGACGAUACUAUUGAAAGAUAUUAAACGAUUACAGAAUGAGCACCGGCAACAAGCGGAAGCUGCUAGCGAAGCGAAGAUCGGCGAAACAUCGACCGGCGAUUUGUCGAGUGACUCGUGGGCGCAUUCGAACGAGUCCACGACCACCGAUAAGGAGGAACGGGACGAGGCCGGUAGCAACGUGUCGAGCGAAGUGAGCAUCAACGGCGACAUGAUCGUGGAGACAACCCUGCUGGACGUGACCACGGAUAAGACCCGGAACAUCACGAGGACAUUGGACACCAACAGUACCAGCAGCAUUGAGGACGGCGACGAGUAUCUGCGAGAGCUUUUCGAAUCAGAGAAAGAGACGAAUCCGGAACCGUUGGUCCAAAGUGUCCACGAUCCAAACGAAAAGGAGCAACCCGUACCGGAUAGACCGCAACCAGCCGAGGACCCAAAGAGCGACGAACUGGAGGCAGCACCCUCGUCCUCCGAGUCUCUGCUGUAUGACCCCAAUUUCCGGGAGCAUUACGCCGAAGAGGAUCCCAUCACCGAGAUCCACACGAUUGACGAGCAAUCGGCUGGCGACAAGGAGGCCGCGUUUCUGAAAAAGUCCAAGGUUCCGAGUUCCUUUCGGAACUUCGAGCCGGAGACGAAUUUCAGACCCACGCUGGAGAACAGACACCCCACCUAUCCGAAACAGUCCGUGAAGUUCCCCUCGGAGGAGGUGAACAGCAUACACAGUCAGGACUACAAAGAAAGAGCUCCGUAUCCUCUGGACGACGGUCUACAUUCCAGCACGAAGAGCAGCGUGUUCGCCCAUCAGAAACCCUUCCACCGAGGACUGUCCUCCUGGCGAAUGGCUUCCAGGCAGCAGGUAUCCGGACAACAGGUGGGGACGGCGCGCAGACAGUGGCAGAGGCAACCACCGAUCUCGAUCUCCUUCUGGACGGCGAUGCCCCUGAUGAGGGACCCUAGUCUUUACUCGACCGACCAGGACUCCCACAGCAAGACGACGAACAGUCAGACGUACACGAACAACAGAUUUCCAGAGGUCACGCCGUCCUGAAGGACCAUCCCGAAUAGCUAUCGCGAG